ACGGUUUACGUGAGUUGCGUCUCACACAAGCCCCGUUCCUCGCUAGCCUUUUCCAGCUAGCUUCCCAAAAUACCAACGUGAAGCCCCCUUGCUUGUAUGGAAGUGGUCAGCAUCACCAGCGAGGUACAUGUUCCUCCGUGACAAUGAAGAAGGUUUUACUACUGUCGCUGCUGCUGCUGAACAUGCAUCAGGGUAUAGCAGCUCCCAAAGGGGUCACGGCCAGCCUCAAAGCCAAGUGGAGCAUGACCCCUUUCCUCCUGGAGACAAGUGAGUUUAUUGGAGAAGAUGGAAGUGAAAAAUUCUGGAACUUUAUUGACACUGUAAAGGAACUCACUGUUUACAAGCAAGGAGAAUCUGUGCGCUCAUAUUACAACCUGAUCAUCAAAAAGGCAGCUCAGUUUCUCACACAUCUUCAAGUGAACCUUCUCAGAUUUGCUCUGGCCAUGCGGUCCUACUCACCAGCUGUCCAUGCAUCUCAACAGAUAGCCAGUGAUGAGCCUCCGCCUGAGGCUUGUCCUGCAUUUGUCUCGAUUCAUGGUCAACAUAGCUGCAGCACCAAGGACAUCAAGAAGCUCCUUAAGGAGGCAGCAGGCAGGCCAAAACCAUACUUGUAUAAGAAUGAUCACACAUAUCCAGCAGUCAACAAAACCGAUAUGCCUGUUGUGAUCCUCUAUGCUGAAAUCGGAACCAAGAAGUUCAACUUGUUUCAUAAGGUGCUGUCGGAAAAGGCUCAAGAGGGCAAGCUUAUGUAUGUUUUGCGGCAUUUUGUGGUGAAACCAAAACCUCAAAAGGUGCUUUUAUCAGGAUAUGGUGUUGAGUUGGCCAUCAAAAGCACAGAAUACAAAGCUGUGGAUGAUACCAAAGUUAAAGAUUCAAAGACGGUUCUAAAUGCUGAGGACGAUGAAAAUGAUGAAGUACAAGGUUUCUUAUUUGGAACAUUAAGAACAUCUCACCCUGAGCUCCAGGAGCAACUUGGCGAACUUCGAAAGCAUCUGCUGGAAAGUACCAACGACAUGACGCCUCUCAAAGUGUGGGAGAUGCAAGAUUUAAGUUUUCAGGCUGCUGCUAGAAUCAUGUCUGUGCCAAAGUUCGAUGCUUUAAAGGUCAUGCGAGACCUCAGUCAAAACUUUCCAAGCAGAGCAAGAUCACUGACAACAGUGGCCGUAAAACAGGAAAUGAGAAAAGAAAUUGAGAAGAACCAAAAGCAUCUUGGUGAGACAAUGGGCAUCCAGCCAGGAGAUGGGGAGCUCUUUAUAAACGGACUACACAUUGAUCUAGAUGUUCACAACCCUUUUAGUAUAUUAGACAUCCUCAGAGGAGAGGCCAAGGUCUUAGAGGGGCUUCAUAACUUGGGCAUUAAGGGAGAACAUCAGGCCAAGCUGCUUAGGUUACCUGUGAACACAGUGGAUGACAGCUACGCCUUAGAUAUCCGACAUCCAGCUAUAAUGUGGAUGAAUGACAUUGAAAACGACCAGAUGUACCGCAGCUGGCCAGCAAGUGUGCAGGAACUUCUCAGAGCCACCUUUCCUGGCGUCAUCCGACAGAUCAGACGUAAUUUCUUUAACCUGGUUCUGUUUUUAGAUCCACUGCAGGAAGAAACUGUUGAGCUGGUGAAACUAGCAGAGCUUUUCUACAAGCAUAAAAUCCCCCUGAGAAUUGGAUUUGUGUUUGUUGUCAACACCAAAGAUGAGAUUGAUGGCUUCUCAGACACAGGAGUGGGAUUUUACCGGCUGUUGAAUUACAUCACAGACGAGUAUGAUUUAUCCCAGGCUGUGAUGUCUAUAGUCUCGAUGUACAACAAAGUAGAUGUGGGGGAAACAUUAUCUGCUGACACAAUAUCUGCAUACCUGAAGAAGAAUUACCCAAAAGCCAAUCAAGAAAGGAUUCUGGGAUCAGAUUCUGAAUAUGAUUACAAAAGAAAGGACGGUGCUCUCUUCUACAGGAAGAGUGGGCUGGGUGCCUUGCCUCUGGCAUUAUUUAAUGGAGUUCCUCUGAACCCAGAUGAGAUGGACCCAGAAGAGCUGGAGACCAUAAUCCUACAGCGCAUAAUGGACACCACUGCUGCCUUUCAGAGAGCAGUCUUUACAGGUCAGCUAACAGAAAGCUCCGAUGUGGUGGAUCAUCUAAUGGAGCAGGCUAAUGUGGUUCCCAGGAUGAAUCCACUCAUUUUGAACACUGACCGAAAAUACCUCGACUUCACUGGGACACCAGUUGUAGAUGAUUGGGAGGACACAACUAUGUUUUCAUACUUGGAGUCUAAGGACAAAACUGCUGUGAUCUCUAAAAGGAUGAAGUAUUUCACAAAUGGUGAUGAGGAUGGGAUGACUGCUGUAACCAUGUGGGUAGUUGCAGAUUUUGAGAAGGUUUCAGGGCGAAAGUUGUUGCUUAAUGCUUUGAGACAUGUGAAGUCCAGUCCAGGCUUGCGUGUAGGGGUGAUAGAUAACCCCAGUGGAAAGCCCAGCGAAGAUAACACUGUGCUGUACAGAGCUGUCUGGGCCUCUCUCCUCACCCAGAAGAAUAAGGCUGCAGCAGAGUUUGCACAGAAACUCCUAAAAGAGGAGAGCAGCCUGCUCCUCCAGCAAGGGACUAAGAUGAAGGACUUGGGGAUGCAGGGAAUGGACCUAGAUGCCUUUGAGAAAAAGUUCAACACACUAGAGGUUGAUUUUAUCCGCAGUCAGCAAAUGUUCUGUCAAGAUGUCCUGAAGCUGCGUCCUGGACAGCAGGCUGUGAUCAGCAACGGCAGAAUUCUCUGUCUGUUUGAAGAGCAGGAGGAAUUCACUAUGGAGGAUUUCCACUUGCUUGAGAGGAUUACACUGAGUGGUUCAGCAGAGAAGGUCAAAGCCAAAGUAAAACAGAUGGGGAAGAAACCAAAGCAAGCGAGUGACCUGGUCAUGAAAGUUGAUGCUCUGCUUUCUGCAGUCCCUAAAGGAGAGAUCAGAAGAGAUGUCAGUUUUAAAGACACCCAAAGUGUGCUCCAGCUCUCACCACGUGAAAAUGAGGUGUUCUAUGACGUUGUGGCCAUCAUUGAUCCCCUCACUAGAGAAGCACAAAAGAUCUCCUCGCUCCUGAUUGUGCUUAGUCAAGUGGUCAAUGUGAAACUGCAGGUGUUUAUGAAUUGCAGGGCCAAGUUGUCCGAGUUGCCCCUCAAGAGUUUUUACAGAUUUGUUUUGGAGCCCGACGUGGCUUUCUUGGCCAACGACACAGCGUCUCCAGGGCCCGUAGCCCGCUUCUCGGAGCUCCCAGAAUCCCCCCUUCUUACCCUUAACAUGAUCACACCGGAGAGCUGGAUGGUGCAGGCACAGCACAGUCUCCACGACCUGGACAACAUCCACUUGCAAGAGGUUAAUGGGGUUGUAGCAGCAGAAUUUGAACUGGAGCACCUCUUACUGGAGGGCCACUGCUUUGACCUGUCAACUGGCCAGCCGCCUCGCGGACUACAGUUCACCCUGGGCAUGAGUCAGGACCCGCUCAUGUAUGACACUAUUGUCAUGGCUAAUCUGGGGUAUUUCCAGCUGAAGGCCAACCCAGGAGCCUGGAUCCUAAGAUUACGUAAAGGAAGAUCAGAGGACAUCUAUCAGAUUAUCACGCAUGAUGGAACUGAUUCCCCACCUGAUGCUGAGGAUGUAAUAGUUGUGCUAAACAGCUUCCACAGUAAGAUCGUCAAAGUCAGGGUGCAAAAAAAGGCAGAGAUGAUUAAUGAAGACCUUUUGAGUGAAACUAGUGAAAGCAAAGGCAUAUGGGACUCCAUAGUAAGGAGAUCUUACCCUUCCCCUGGAUCAAGACUGCAAUACUAUGCUGUAAGAUCUAGUCUUGCAAAAAAUAUGUGCUACUGUAGCAUCACAGGUGGUGGCUCAAAGAAGGAUGUAGGAGAGAAGAAAAAGGAAGAUAUUCUUAACGUAUUUUCUGUGGCCUCCGGUCAUCUGUACGAGCGAUUUCUGAGAAUAAUGAUGUUGUCCGUUCUUCGGCAUACAAACACACCUGUCAAGUUCUGGUUCCUUAAAAACUACCUCUCACCUUCUUUCAAGGAGACCAUUUCUCACAUGGCCAAGUCGUAUGGCUUUCAGUAUGAGUUAGUGCAGUACAAGUGGCCCCGCUGGCUCCACCAGCAGACGGAGAAACAGCGCAUUAUCUGGGGAUACAAGAUCCUCUUCCUGGAUGUUCUGUUCCCUUUAGCUGUGGACAAGAUCAUUUUUGUAGACGCCGACCAGAUUGUUCGGGCUGAUUUAAAAGAGUUGAGGGACUUGGAUUUACAGGGAGCUCCCUAUGGCUACACACCGUUUUGUGACAGUCGCAGAGAAAUGGAGGGGUAUCGCUUUUGGAAGAGCGGGUACUGGGCCUCACAUCUUGGACAGAGGAAAUAUCACAUCAGCGCGCUCUAUGUGGUGGAUUUAAAGAAGUUCCGUAAAAUUGCAGCUGGAGACAGACUGAGGGGUCAGUAUCAAGCUUUAAGCCAGGACCCAAACAGUCUGUCAAACCUGGACCAGGACCUUCCUAAUAACAUGAUUCAUCAGGUGGCCAUUAAGUCUCUUCCUCAGGAGUGGCUGUGGUGUGAGACAUGGUGUGAUGAUGCCUCUAAAGUUACAGCUAAGACUAUCGAUCUGUGUAAUAAUCCUAAAACCAAAGAGCCCAAGCUGAUGGCUGCAGCGAGGAUCGUGCCUGAGUGGGUAGAUUAUGACAAGGAGAUAAAAGAAAUGCUGAGACGAGUCCAGGAACAGACUCCAACCCCCUCACUACGUAAGAAAGGUAAAGGAGGAGGGAAAAGAUGUCCUUCCACAAUGCUUUCCUGUUGUAUUAAUCAAACUGCAGCCUUUGUCUGUUAUUCCUCAGCACGACUUAACCUUUUUCACAUCUAGAUUUUUUAUAUUUUUCUCUCAUAUUAAGUGCUCAUUUUCGACAUUCCUUUCCUGCAGCAGAGAACCGGCGCGAUGAACUUUAGCGUCUGCCAGAAGCAUGGUGAAGAGGAAGCAGGCAGCACCUUUUUGCACGCAGGCCACCUGUGAAGCUUGAAGACAGGCAGUUCCAGCUAAACAUAGCUGUGGAGUGUUACCUCCCCAGCCGGAUGAAGAGGAUGUGAUAUUUUCAGAGAUGUCAUUUCUGCUUCUGAAGUCGGUAAAAAUCUCACAAACUCAGCAAAGGAUUUAAUUGUGAAAGGGCAGCCAGAAACCCGCAGCUUGAAGCUCUACUGGCAGACAGCAAUUAUUGGAGAGUCUUGGAAACAGAACGUUUAAAGCACCACAUCAUGUUUGUUUUAAGGGAAGCAUUCGGCAUAUGUUGCACUGUACAAGUAGAGAAGGCACAUUUCUAAAUGCAUGUCAGUAUUUAAAACAUAACAAACACACCUGUCUUGUUAUUGUUCUCUAUCUGAACCAAGUGGAGACGAUGUUGUCUGCGUCUGUAGUGCCAAACCAAAGUCUACCGUUAUUAGAUUUCACAAACUGCAUUAUAGACAGUCCGCCUUUUGUUAAACUCCACCCACCUAUAACUGAUCACUUCUCACUUGGCAGCUCCAACAACCAGCUACAUGUUCCAGUAGUACUUACCUUUUUAUCUGCAUGCCUGUUUUCUCACCUAGCAGUUCGCAGAUCAUUCACUAUUUCCUAAUAACACAACCAUGUAAAUCCCAUCAGUUACCUGCUUUUCACUGGUUGUUUUUAAGAUUUCACAGCUAAUUUUUUGCCGCAUUUUAUAAAUGCAACUACAUCAGUUGUAGUAGGUUAUCUUUACAGGGGAGAAAAUUUAAACUUGGACAUCCUGCAUAUACGUACAAGCAUAAAGUGCUCCGAUUGGGGUGACUUGCUUGGUAAAUUCAGAUAGCAUCAUGUAGACAGCAGGGAAGGUAGUACAGCCUUAAAAUAUGAAGUUUUUUAACAGUCUGUUUCCUUCAAGACUUAGAAAAUACUUUGAUCCAGUUCCACACUAUUCUUAUUUAAUUUAGUCCUACAACAUUUUUAUAAGGAAACUAUGGAAAGCUUAACGGAGGGCUUAAAUUUGUCUCAUUCAUGGAUUUAAACCAUAGAGGAAAGAAUAUUUAAGGUAUUUUUAACAUUGUAAAUUCCUCAGCAUCUGAACUUGUAGAUGUGGUGGUCAUGUACAUGUUCAGCACAGAUUUGCUGCAAUUCUUUAUGGCAACUAUUUUUCUUCUUACCAAAAUUUCCCUA